CUAGAAUCAAAAAGACAGUUUCUAUAUGUUGUGGGCCUUCCUCUUCUUUAUACAAACUCAAACAUAGCAUGAUAGAUACAAUGUUUAAACGAAAAACUUCUUUUCUUCUUAUAUGGGUGCGUAAUACAUUUGUACCACUACCUUGUGAUGUUUGCGUUUGUAUAAACGAGAAUGAAGACACAUUUGCGCCUUUAGAGAGAAGAGUAAGGUUAUUGAGAAGAAACCUUUUCGUUUUAACAAGAAGAGUGAGUGCGAACGUUAGAAGAAGCGUGCGAACGUUAGAUGGA